AUGAUGGAAGCCGAUAAUCCUAAAAUCUCUAAGCCAGAGGUUUCUCGUCUAGACGAAUCCACAGAGGCGACUACGCAAAAUAGUUUUCCUGAGGUUUUUGCUGCUGCUUGAAAAUUUUCAGUGAGCGAUUUCAGGAAGCUCUAGAGUUGUGUGAGGACGAAGUAUCGGAACCUAGUCCUAUCGAUCGGGUUUUUCACUUUUUCGUUGGCUUAAACUAUUUUUCUAGCGUUUGAAAGAAGGCCGGAGCUACAACGACGGUGGCUGGACCAGUGUCGAACUUUUAAAACUAGCAGAAAGUCUCAAGAAGUAAGUUUGAAGAUUUAGAAAAAAGUAUUAAGUAAUUUGAAGCAUUAAAACUAUUAAAUGGUUGACUUUUAACAUUGUUUCUACAGCAUAAACAAUUCAAGACUGGCAAAUUCAUAUUCAUUACAGAUAUGGAACGCAACAAAAGGCAUUGCAUUACAUCGCGCAUAAGGUUUUGAAUACACGGACCUAUGAUGAAAUUGCGUAAUUAGGCCUUGCGGGAGUUGAUAUUUUUAUUGAGUUACAGGACCAAGGUUUUUGAAAUUCGUGAAUUAGUUGCUGAAAGUAAAGAGGACCUCAUGACUUACGCCAAAAAUAACUGGGCGAAAAAAGGCCCACGGAACGUGCUUCCAAGCAGAGAUUUGGUAGCCGACGUAGACAAGAUGGUGCGCUGCAAUCCAAAUUUCAAUUCUGAGGCCGACUUCAGCCUCGAUCUUGGCUGGCUGCAAUGAACGCCGUCGAUCAGUCGCAUCCGGGAGUCUCGUUGCACACGACGCGCGAAGCCGUAUCUAAAGCUAUCUCAGCUGCCAAACACGAAAAUGAUGCCACGCAAGCGGUUAGGUUUUCAAACAGGGUGAGAAAGACAAAAGAAACUCUUCAGGAUGUAGAAGAUCGGACUAAUCUUGACGUGAACUGGUCGCGCUUAUACGAAGUAAUGCUAAAUGCUUCUACGUUUAACAGCCAGUUGCCUAGCCUCAAUCAUCUAGGUUUCUUGCUUCUUUUGCGUUGGAUCCUUCAAAGGUAUUUUCUAGAAGCGGCGAUUCUUCUCAAGGUACUCGAUGACAUCGAUUCGGAAGCCUACCAAGUUUUUUUGUAAUUCUGAGACCUUUGCAAAGUAGAAGUUUCAGGCGAAAGACGAGGAAAAGGCAGUGAUGAAUGGAUGGUUUUCUGAGAUUUGCAUGGAAGAAAUGGGCUUUUGCGAGCCAGACACUGACGCGCGGCAUGCGCUUAAAUCUGCUCUUCAGGUAUCGUCUCGAUCUUUCUUUACUCAUUGAGAAUAGUUCAAUCGUAAUUCUAAUCUCGUCGAUUUAAUUAUUAUAUUCCGUUUUUCACGACUUGAAACGGCAUUUCUGUGACCUCGCCGGUGAGGGAAAAGAGAGAUUUAGACACUCGAAAACUGUCAUUUUGCGGGAGGCGGACUAUACCAGAAAGUCAUUUGGAUUUUUAGUAGUAACAUGUCUUCAUUUUUUAGUUCUGAAGAUCCCGACUCUUUUUUUUUUAGCUUCCUGUUAUCACAAAUAAACUGGGACUAUCUGUUUAGGUCUCAUUGGACCCACUAAGGACGCGAGCCUGGAGCGUUCCUUUGAACGGCGCCGAACCGAAAACGCGGGACGAACUACCAAAAAUUCAGUCUUCGGCUGGCAAGAGCCGUCCGCCGACUGUCGGAAAACAGAAGGAUUGA